UAAUUUUCAGGAUUUUGGAGCUUGAAUUUCCCAUGAAUUUUCAUUGAAUUUAAGUUUAAAAUCGUUUCAAAAUUAUGCGUAAUGUGUAGAUCGUUAUUGUAGUGAAUUAGUCUAGGAAACCUUUCUGAUUUUAUGUUUUGUUAUUAUACUUGUGCGACAAUUUCUUGAUGCUAAUCAACAUGGACGGUCCUUCAGCGAAAAAAUCAACUUCAUUCGAGACUUUGGUCAUACAAAACAUAGGAAAUGUUUGCGAUCUCAAGGCAAAACUGAAUGAAAUAAUUUGUUCAAGCAAAAACUACGACUACGAUGUUUCCUCCUGUCUCAAGGCUCUGCUGAAGAGUAGCGAUCAAGUUAUAGUGCUGCUUACCGUACAAGCGAUAUCGGAACUCGCGAAAUGCGAAAUAAAACGUGAAUCAUACGCCCAAAGGGAUGUUAUUGAACCUAUUUUGUCCUUGUUGAACAAAGACCUUACUUCGGAAAAUAUAGAGCUCCAUAAGCAGUGCUGUAGAGCUUUGGGUAAUCUGUGCUGUGAUAGUGAUAAAUCAAGAAAGAUAUUACUUGAAUACAAUGGGGUUGCAACCCUAAAUAAUAUAUUAAGAAUCUCUACAAGAGAAAUAAAGUUACCUUUACAAGAGAUCAAACUGUUUGCAUGUAAAACCUUAUUGAAUUAUGCCAUUGGAGGGUUUGAGUUCUCUGACUCCUUGGUCAAAGGAGGUAUAAUAGAUAAUAUAACAAAAUUAUUGUCUAUUGAAGCUGAGAAAGAGGUGAUGGACGAUGAUUUGGUGUCCACUAUCUUGUUAAUAUUAAGUGUGGUGAAUGAUAAUGAUUCAGAGCUAUUGUACGAGGAGGAAGUCAAUCUCACAGUGUUCCAUGUUUUGAAGGAAACUUCUAAUGUUGAGGUGUCCGAGCUGUGUUUUGAGCAUUUACAUACUCAGGCUGAGCAUGAUUCAGUGAAAACUCUAUUAGCUAAAGCAGGUGGAGUGAACCUGGUAUGCUUGCGUCUGGAGCAGUUGCUGCAAAAGCAUCAUGCGGGCAACUUGAACAUGGAAGACAAUGAGAUUGAUACUGUCAUGAAGCAUGCAUGUGAUUUGAUCAUCAUGGUAUUGACUGGAGAUGAAGCCAUGGACAGUCUGUACGCGGACGGGGAGGGCGAGGUGUACCGGAGCGCCGUGCGCUGGCUGCGGGCCGGCAGCCAUCAGCUGCUGGCGACGGCGGUGCUGGCCGUGGGGAACUUCGCGCGCCGGGACGAGCACUGCAUCCGCAUGAUGAGCGACGGCAUCUUCGACAAACUACUCGACAUUUUCGAACAGUACAAUGACAGUGUGUCCCAAAACGAGAAAAACCCCAUAGACAAAUCGACUAUAACCAAAAUCCAACAUGCUGCAUUGUCGGCUUUGAGAAACCUCACCGUGCCCGUGGCGAAUAAGAAGUUAGCCGCCAUCCAAGGCAGGGCUGCACCGAUUUUGAUUAACGCACUGCCUAAUGUUGAAGAUCAUCACGUGGCCUAUAAACUCUUGGCGGCCAUAAGAAUGCUAGUUGAUGGACAAGCGGACGUGGCGCGGCAGCUGGCGGGCGACGCGGCGGCGCUGCGGGGCGUGGCGCGCUGGGGCGGCGCGGGCGGCGGGGGCGGGGGCGCGGCGGCCGAGGCCCCGCGCCUGCUGGCGUGGGCCGUGCGCCUGCUGCCGCGCUGCGCCGUGCUGCACAACCUCCUGCAGGCGGAAGGCUGUAUAUGUUGCCUCGUGAACAUGCUAGUGGCAUCUCACUCCGUCAUGCAGAACGAAGCUAUCCUCGCUCUCACUCUGUUAGCGGUCGCACCUUUAAACGACCAAAGUGCAAGCAGCAACCAAUCAGAAAUGGACUUUAACACCCAGUUAAUAAAGUCCGAAAUCGGUAAGCACAUAUCUGUAUUAAUCGAGACGAAUUGCGCUAAAAUGCCAAUACAGGUCGCCGAAAACUUGAUCGCGUUUCUCGACAUAACGUCAAAGGAUAACACAAUAGUUUCCGACUACAAGGAUUCCAAAGUGCACGAAGCUCUACAGAAGUUCGUCGAAGCGAGAAACGAUCUCAGCGAUGAUUUGAAAGCGUGUAUUGGCAAAGUUAUUAAGAUUGUAUCGGAUAAUACUAAGGAGUGAAGGUAGUUGUUAAUCGUUCAAUGAACAAAUAUUUGGGCUUCGAUCAAUAAUGUACUAGAUCUACAGUCCCAUACUUUAAGAGAAACAGUUUGGUUUUCAUACUUUAAAGGUUUUUACAAAUAAAAGCCUACCUUUUAAAAUGACAAAGCGCGAUAAAGCACUGAUUGACUAUUUCAAGGUUUUUUUUAAUAUUAUCUGUUGUGUGCUUUUAAAAUAUUGA